AUGGUGAAGAGGAAAAGCUCAGAAGGCCAAGACCAGGAGAGCGGGCGAGGGGUUCCGCUGCCUAUCCAGACCUUCCUGUGGAGGCAAACCAGUGCAUUUUUGAGACCCAAAUUGGGAAAGCAAUAUGAAGCUUCUUGUGUGUCCUUUGAAAGAGUUUUGGUUGAAAACAAGCUGCAUGGUCUUUCACCAGCUCUUUCUGAAGCCAUCCAGAGCAUUUCACGCUGGGAAUUGGUUCAAGCUGCCUUACCACAUGUCCUUCACUGCACAGCCACUCUGCUUUCCAACCGGAACAAGUUAGGACAUCAGGACAAACUUGGUGUUGCUGAGACAAAACUCCUUCACACUCUACAUUGGAUGUUGCUAGAAGCACCUCAAGACUGCAGCCAUGACCACUUUGGAGGAUCAGGAGACAGAGGGUCAAGCUGGAGAGGAAGCAGCAGUGCCUUUAUCCACCAGAUUGAAAACCAAGGAUCUCCAGGGCAAUCAAGAUGUGACAGUGCCAAUGAAGAAGAAGAGAACAGCAGAAGGAAGUUCUUUCAGAAUUCAAUGGCCACUGUUGAGCUUUUUGUGUUCUUGUUUGCUCCUCUGGUUCAUAGGAUUAAAGAAUCUGAUCUGACCUUUCGUCUUGCCAGUGGUCUUGUCAUUUGGCAGCCAAUGUGGGAACAUAGACAGCCAGAAGUCACUGCCUUUACUGCACUAGUUAAACCCAUCAGGAAUAUAAUCACAGCAAAGAGGAGUUCUCCAAUCAAAAACCAGGGUCUUACAUGUGAAUCACCUAAUUUGGAUGCUGGGCAUACAGAGGGUCUGCAGAUAGUGUAUGAAUCAACAGAAUCAGACUCUGUUCCACCAAGACGAGCCUUUCUGGGCUGCCACCGUGGAAAUUCCAUUGAUGGAAGCAUCUCACCCCAAGGCUCCCAAGAGAAAGGAACCCCCUAUCCUAGAGUGUCUUUGGUGAUCCCACCAUGCCAAAGGUCCCGCUAUGCCACUUACUUUGAUGUUGCUGUAUUACGAUGCCUGCUUCAGCCACACUGGUCUGAGGAAGGCACACAAUGGUCCUUGAUGUAUUAUCUCCAGCGGCUGCGCCACAUGUUAGAAGAAAAGCCAGAGAAAUCAUUUGACCCAGAAGUCCCACCAUUGCCAAGGCCACGCAGUAGUUCCAUGGUGGCUGCUACUCCUUCAUUAGUCAAUACUCACAAAACACAGGAUCUCACAAUGAAAUGUAAUGAGGAAGAAAAAUCAUUAAGCACCGAAGCUUUUGCCAAAGUAUCCCUAACUAACCUGAGGAGACCAGCAGUUCCAGAUCUCUCCUCUGAUUUGGGAAUGAAUAUAUUUAAAAAGUUCAAGAGCCGCAAGGAGGAUCGUGAACGCAAGGGCUCUAUUCCUUUCCACCACACAGGGAAGAAAAGGCAACGGCGAAUGGGAGUGCCCUUCCUGCUCCAUGAAGACCAUUUGGAUGUAUCACCAACUCGAAGCACAUUCUCUUUUGGCAGUUUCUCUGGAAUUGGUGAAGACAGGCGUGGCAUUGAGAGAGGAGGGUGGCAAACCACUAUUCUAGGGAGAUUUACAAGGCGGGGCAGCUCUGAUACAGCUACUGAGAUGGAAAGUCUGAGUGCUCGGCAUUCUCAUUCCCAUCAUACUUUGGUUACUGACCUGCCAGACCACUCCAACAGCCAUGUACGUUCCCAAAUUUCCACCAUCACGGUGGCCACCUUCAAUACCACGCUGGCCUCUUUCAAUGUGGGCUAUGCUGACUUCUUCAGUGAGCACAUGCGCAAGCUCUGCAACCAGGUGCCCAUACCAGAAAUGCCCCAUGAGCCCCUGGCAUGUGCCAAUCUCCCUCGAAGUCUGACAGAUUCUUGCAUCAACUAUAGUUGCCUGGAAGAUACAGAUCACAUAGAUGGGACCAGCAACUUUGUCCACAAGAAUGGCAUGCUGGAUCUAUCGGUGGUUCUUAAAGCAGUUUACUUGGUCUUGAAUCAUGACAUCAGCUCCCGAAUCUGUGAUGUGGCCCUCAAUAUUGUGGAAUGUCUGCUUCAGCUUGGUGUGGUACCCUGUGUGGAGAAGGUCAGAAGGAAAAGUGAGAAUAAGGAGAAUGAGAGCAAUGAAAAGAGACCAAGUGAAACUUCCUUUCAACUCAAGGGGGCUUUGACUACCUCUGCAUCUGGAUUUGGGACUGCUGCAAUAACUGGAACAGGAGAUGGCAGUGGAGAAGGAAGUGGUGGAGGAGAUGGAGGAGGUGGUGGUGGAGGAGGAGGAGGAGGGGGAGAAGGUGGAGGAAGAUCUUUUGAAAAGAAUGAUAAAAAGGAAGACAAGGAUGAAAAUACUCCAGUAAGCACUCAUAGGUUGGCUCUGACAAUGCUGAUAAAAAUUGUAAAGUCUCUGGGCUGUGCAUAUGGCUGUGGAGAAGGUCACCGAGGACUCUCUGGAGAUCGUCUGAGACAUCAGGCUCAGAACUGCCUUACAAAGUUAUAUAAACUGGAUAAGAUGCAGUUUCGUCAGACAAUGAGAGAUUAUGUGAAUAAAGAUUCAUUGAACAACGUGGUGGAUUUUUUACAUGCUUUGCUAGGAUUUUGCAUGGAGCCAGUUACUGACAACAAGGCUGGUUUUGGAAAUAACUUUACUACCAUGGACAACAAAUCUACAGCCCAAAGUAUUGAGGGCAUUAUUGUCAGUGCUAUGUUCAAAUCUCUGAUCACUCGCUGUGCCUCUACUACGCAUGAACUCCAUAGUCCUGAAAAUCUGGGUCUGUACUGUGACAUCCGACAACUGGUACAGUUUAUCAAGGAGGCUCAUGGAAAUGUUUUCAGAAGAGUAGCUCUUAGUGCUCUUUUGGACAGUGCAGAAAAGUUGAUUCCAGGAAGAAAAACAGAAGAAAAUACCGAACAAGAACCCAAACCACCAGGGAGUAAAAAGUAUGUAUCUGGACUGGAAAAGCCAUUAAGAUGCUUGAAUGGUGUAGUGAAAUUUACUAGUGCAGUGAAGCUAUCAGAAGGUGGGCCUGGAAGUGGCAUGGAAAAUGGGCGUGAAGAAGAGGAGAAUUUCUUCAAGCGUCUUGGUUGCCAGACUUAUGAAGAUCAUCUGGCUUCCAACCAAGAAGGAAACAAAUGCAAGAACGUGGUGAAUUUGGGAGCCAUUCGACAAGGCAUGAAGCGGUUUCAAUUUCUCUUAAACUGCUGUGAACCAGGAACAAUCCCUGAUGCUUCUAUUCUUGCAGCUGCUCUUGAUCUUGAGGCACCAGUGGUGGCGAGGGCGGCCCUUUUCUUGGAAUGUGCUCGCUUUGUGCACCGCUGCAACAGGGGCAACUGGCCAGAAUGGAUGAAGGGGCAUCAUGUGAAUAUUACUAAGAAAGGCCUUUCUCGUGGACGCUCUCCAAUCGUGGGGAAUAAACGAAACCAGAAGUUACAGUGGAAUGCAGCCAAGCUCUUCUACCAGUGGGGGGAAGCAAUUGGAGUCCGUCUCAACGAACUUUGCCAUUCUGAGAGUGAGAGUCCGGCCAAUCUGCUGGGCCUCAUUUAUGAUGAGGAGACCAAGAGGAGGCUGAGAAAGGAGGAUGAGGAAGAAGACUUUUUAGAUGACAGUACAGUAAAUCCCACCAAAUGUUGUUGUCCUUUUGCUCUGAAGAUGGCAGCAUGUCAGCUUCUUCUAGAGAUCACCACUUUUCUUCGAGAGACCUUUCCCUACAUGCCCAGGCCACGUACUGAACCUCUUGUGGAUCUGGAGAGUUGCAGGUUGCGUUUGGACCCUGAAAUGGAUCGACACAGGUAUGAGAGGAAGAUCAGCUUUGCUGGGGUUUUGGAUGAAAAUGAAGAUUCAAAAGAUUCGUUACACAGCAGCAGUCAUACCUUGAAGUCUGAUACAGGUUGUGAAGAGAAGAAAGAAGGAAGCCCUUGGAGUGCAAGUGAACCUAGUAUUGAACCUGAAGUGCUCAGCAGCACUGGAACAGAAGAUAACUAUCACAGGAAUAUGACAUGGCUACAUGUGAUGAUACUCUUGUGCAACCAACAGAGUUUCAUUUGUACCCAUAUUGAUUACUGCCACCCUCACUGCUAUCUCCACCACAGUCGUUCGUGUGCGCGCCUUGUCCGGGCGAUCAAACUUUUGUAUGGAGACACUGUAGAUUCACUUAAGGAAAAUAACUUAUUAAAUGGUGUGGCCAGAGGCAAAAAACAAAAAGAGUGUUCAGAUAAGUCAUGCCUCAGGACACCCUCCCUGAAGAAAAGAGUGAUGGAUUCUAAUCUUGAAGGAAAAAAAGACUCUGGAAUGUUGAAAUACAUAAGGCAUCAGGUGAUGAGCCUGUCUCCCGCACCACUUUCACUGUUAAUCAAGGCAGCUCCCAUCCUCACAGAGGAGAUGUAUGGGGACAUCCAGCCUGCAGCAUGGGAGUUGUUGCUCAGUAUGGAUGAACACAUGGCUGGUGCAGCAGCUGCCAUGUUCCUUCUAUGUGCUGUGAAAGUACCAGAGGCAGUUUCAGAUAUGCUGAUGUCUGAAUUUCAUCACUCAGAGGCAGUGCAGAGACUGAAUGCCAUUCUCAAGUUCCACACCCUCUGGAGAUUUAGAUAUCAAGUAUGGCCUCGCAUGGAGGAAGGAGCUCAACAAAUCUUUAAGAUUCCUCCACCAAGUAUUAACUUCACCCUGCCCUCUCCAGUGCUUGGAAUGCCAUCUGUCCCCAUGUUUGACCCUCCAUGGGUUCCCCAAUGCAGUGGGAGUGUGCAGGACCCCAUCAAUGAAGAUCAGUCUAAGUCAUUUUCAGCCCGGGCAGUAUCACGUUCUCAUCAACGAGCAGAACACAUUCUGAAGAACCUGCAACAGGAAGAGGAGAAGAAACGUCUGGGCCGAGAAGCUAGUCUCAUCACUGCCAUACCUAUCACCCAGGAAGCUUGCUAUGAACCCAGCUGUUCCCCAAGCUCAGAGCAGGAGGAAGAAGUAGAAGAAGUCACCAACCUGGCAUCACGCCGUCUGUCUGUGAGUCCAUCAUGCACUUCCAGUACAUCACAUAGAAACUAUUCUUUUCGACGUGGGUCAGUUUGGUCAGUGCGUUCAGCAGUCAGUGCUGAAGAUGAAGAGCAUACAACAGAGCACACACCAAAUCAUCAUGUGCCACAACCCCCACAGGCAGUGUUCCCUGCAUGCAUUUGUGCAGCUGUACUUCCCAUUGUUCACUUGAUGGAAGAUGGAGAAGUUCGGGAAGAUGGAGUAGCAGUGAGUGCAGUGGCUCAACAAGUCUUGUGGAACUGUCUCAUUGAAGAUCCCUCCACAGUUCUUCGACAUUUCCUGGAGAAACUCACGAUCAGUAAUCGGCAGGAUGAAUUGAUGUAUAUGCUGAGGAAACUUUUAUUGAACAUUGGAGACUUUCCUGCUCAGACAUCCCAUAUCCUCUUCAACUACUUGGUGGGACUGAUCAUGUAUUUUGUGCGCACACCAUGUGAAUGGGGCAUGGAUGCAAUUUCAGCCACUCUGACCUUCCUUUGGGAAGUGGUGGGCUAUGUAGAAGGACUGUUCUUCAAGGAUCUCAAACAAACUAUGAAGAAGGAACAAUGUGAGGUGAAGCUUCUGGUUACUGCCUCAAUGCCAGGUACCAAGACCCUAGUAGUUCAUGGGCAGAAUGAAUGUGAUAUCCCAACUCAGCUACCAGUCCAUGAAGACACCCAAUUUGAAGCUCUUUUAAAGGAGUGUCUGGAAUUUUUUAACAUACCUGAAUCCCAGUCUUCCAACUAUUUUUUAAUGGAUAAGCGGUGGAAUCUUAUUCAUUAUAAUAAGACCUAUGUCCGUGACAUUUACCCAUUCCGUAGAUCAGUAUCUCCACAACUGAAUCUGGUACACAUGCAUCCAGAAAGGGGGCAAGAACUCAUUCAAAAACAGGUAUUUACCCGUAAAUUAGAAGAAGUGGGUCGAGUGUUGUUUCUCAUUUCUCUGACUCAGAAGAUUCCUGUGGCUCACAAGCAGUCCCAUGUGUCUUUGUUGCAAGAAGACCUUCUUCGCUUGCCUUCAUUUCCCCGUAGUGCCAUUGAUGCAGAAUUCUCACUCUUCAAUGAUCCACAAGCUGGCAAGGAACUCUUUGGUCUGGAUACACUUCAGAAAAGCCUGUGGAUUAAAUUGCUAGAAGAGAUGUUUCUGGGAAUGCCCAGUGAAUUCCCCUGGGGGGAUGAAAUUAUGUUGUUCCUGAAUGUUUUUAAUGGAGCCCUGAUCCUACACCCAGAGGACAGUGCAUUGUUGAGGCAGUAUGCUGCUACUGUAAUCAACACAGCUGUACAUUUCAACCACCUCUUCUCUCUCAGUGGUUACCAGUGGAUCCUUCCCACCAUGCUGCAGGUAUAUGCUGACUAUGAGAGUAAUCCACAGCUCCGUCAAGCAAUUGAAUUUGCCUGCCGUCAGUUUUACAUUCUACAUCGUAAGCCUUUUGUGCUGCAAUUGUUUGCUAGUGUUGCUCCACUUCUGGAAUUUCCUGAUGCUGCAUACAGUGGACCCAGCAAGGGAGUGUCUGCUCAGUGCCUGUUUGAUCUCCUACAGUCCUUAGAAGGAGAUACUUCUGACAACUUAGAUAUUCUAGAAUUGGUAAAAGCAGAGAAGCCCCUGAAAUCACUAGAUUUCUGUUAUGGCAAUGAGGACCUGACAUUUUCAAUCAGUGAAGCCAUCAAGUUAUGUGUAACAGUUGUGGCAUAUGCACCUGAGUCUUUCAGAAGUCUUCAGAUGCUGAUGGUCCUUGAAGCUCUAGUGCCCUGUUACUUGCAGAAACUUAAGAGGCAAACCUCCCAAGUGGAAACCGUGACAGCUGCUCGAGAAGAGAUUGCUGCUACAGCUGCUCUUGCGACAUCCUUGCAAGCACUUUUGUACAGUGUGGAAGUUCUUACUCGGCCAAUGACUGCACCUCAGAUGAGUCGCUGUGAUCAAGGCCAUAAAGGAACCACUACUGCUAAUCAUACUAUGUCAGCUGGAACAAAUACCAGAGAUGAGAGGCGGAGAGACCAAUCUCUUCAGAAGCUUUGCAGUAGAGCAAGUAAGAACAGUGCCUCUGCCUCAGAGAAUGUCUCUGGAACCAGGGCUACUGACAGUCUACAAUGCAGACCCUUGUCACCAGAGGGAGCUGCAGACCAGCUUUCUCUGAGGAAUUUCCUCCUGGCUGUUUCUAAUGCUGAGCUGUGGGGUCCUUCAACUAAGGAAUUGGAGAAGGUCACCCAAGGUUCCAGGGCAUCCACCUCUGCCACUCCAAUUAAUGCAGUGGUGUGUCCAGCCAUUGGCAAGGACCUGCCUUUGCCUGAGAACAUAAAAUACUUUAUUAUGGAGGCUAUUUGCAGCAGUAUUUCUGAGACCUUCCAACAGCCCAUAGGGGCAUAUUCUGAGAUAUCUGGAUACCCCAACAGCUGUAUAGACUUUGAACAGGAGGAUUUUCCUCCUUGUCAGAGCCCUGGGUCUCCCACCCCUUCAUGUGAGAGUUUGCCAUCACUUUUGGGGGAAGUGGAACAGCGGGAGUUGGACCUAUCAGAUGACAAGGUCUCUCACCUGAGCAACCCGCAUUCACUGGGUUGUUCUCUCCCCGUGUUUUUAAGUCGCUGCUCUUCAAAGCGACCAACGUGGCCCAAUUGGGGUCAUCAUUGGAGGCACCUGCAACUACUGAAGCCCAGGAUUCAGCUGAUCCACUUUUUACAGAACUGGGUUGGUCAGCAGACACCAUUCCAGCUCCACGGCUCUUUAUUGACAUGGUUCAAAGGCAGUAGUCAGCUCUUGGGUCAGCCUCAAUUUCCUCUGCGUCUGACAAGAUAUAUUUUAAGGCUGCACUGA